GCGCUGUCAUUGGCCAGCUCCCGCCUGACGUCAUAAGGUUGUAAAAGCCGGAGGAAGCGGGAACUCCCAGGGAAUCGCCUCCUCGCUGGAGUGCUCGUUGUACAGAAAAUAAAAAAAAAAGCUACAGUUUUCGGCAAGAUCCAAAGCUGCACAUUUAGCCAUGAAUGUCCAGAAACCAUUUUGGCAAGAGAUCGGAGAAAGCUUUAUACAAGUGUACUAUCGCCAGUUUGACACUACCGAUAGGAGGUGCAUGGCUGAGCUAUAUUCUGACAAAGCCUUCAUGACAUGGGAAGGAACAAGUUAUGCGGGGAGAGAGGAGAUAAUUGGCAAAUUAACUGCCCUGCCUUUCAAAUCAAUUGAGCACGUUGUCACAGUGCAGGAUAUCCAACCUACAGUUGACAGUUGUAUCCUCGCCACGGUGAUUGGACAGCUUAAGGCGGAUAAUGAUCAUGUCAUGGGCUUCCAUCAAAUGUUUUUGCUGAAGCAUCACGGCCAAGAUAGAUGGGCCUGCACGAACGACAUAUUCCGGCUGGCUCUACACAACAUCGCAGCGUAGCAGUCUGGAUUGGUUGACACACAUUCCACACCGUUACCCAGCUGCAUUUGCACAGUAUUUGUUGUAAUUUAGACAUUAUAUAUGUAUGGAGUUAUUUGCUAGUUUCUAUUCUCUUUACAAUAAAUGUGUCCUUUUCUGAGACUGACUUAGGUCAGCUGACACCGGUGCCUGCCAUUUGUUACAAAAGAUUAUUACAUCAGAUGUCCUGACAAGUUACAGCCCAAUAAAAGAAUGUAUGUACGCACUGGA